AUGGAUCGUCAGCCCGAGACAAACACGAAGAGAAAUAUUGGAUUCCUUAAAAAUCUUUUAGAUGAAAAUCAUUGCAUCCUUGGCCCACUAGCUGAGAAAUUGACUAGUAGCGGUGCCCUACCAAAAUACAAUGAGGAUGAUGUUAGUGGUCGGUAA